CUUGCAGGUCGUGCCCGUAGCUCAUGGACUGACUCUGAAAUCAGAGUCUUCCUGCAGGAGUGGGAAGUAGUUGAACAGGAAAUGGGCCAUACAGGCAGGAAGAACCACAAGAAGACCAAGUUUCUCUGCCAGCGCCUCUAUCAUCGGGGCCUGAAGAAGAGCUGGAAAAGCUGUUUCCACCUACUGCGGAGCCUGCAGGAUCUGCACAGGACUCUCUGUAAUGAGAGACCAGGGAUUGAACCCUUGUUUUCUCCUUAUGCAGAGGCUCUGUACAGGAUCCUGGGCUCCAGUCCCCAGGAAAGCUGGUUCCCAGGUCCUGUCUAUGAUGGGGCUGGUGACUCCAUGCUCUCUGUGUACCCUCAAGCUCCCAGGUACCAGCCUUCAGAUUAUGGCGUCACCGUUCCUUCUGCACAGCUUCAAGGGAAUCCGCUGCCGAUGAUGUCGCAGGAGGAGUCCCCAUUUCCCACAUGGGAGCCCUGGAAUCCCAGCUAUCCAUUGUCAGUUCCACACCUACUUCCUGGCUUUGUCCCAGGAGACCCCAGCCUCCAGCAGCCAUGGUCAACCUGUGACAACCUGUGA